AGAGUUUCCACUAAUUAGGAAACAUUCCCUCUGAUGUCACCAGGCUGGAGGGGGUAACGAUGAGAGAAAAAUAGUGAAAGAGAGAGAGAAAGAGGAAUAGAGAGAGAGAGACUUAACUUCAUUCUCUGCUGUUAUUAUUACUAUUGUAUCUUGUGUUUCCCAGCUCUACAGUGAAGAUGAAAUCGGCAGGAAUAUUGAGCACUUCUGGGAAAAGCAAGAGUAAGAGGUCUUAUGUAAAAGGCUCCCUGUUUUUUCUUUUACUGCACAUGUUUAAUGGCACAUCAGCUACAACAACUAUGGUCACAUCUACUCCAAUAAGCCAGAGCCAGACAGUAACCAGCAAUUCAGCAAAUUCAAAUCCUUCCACUGCUACAGAACAGAUGACAUCGGUAGCUUUAGCUACUCCAAUAAGCCAAAGUCAUGCAGUAACAAGCAAUCCAGAGACUUCAACUCAUAUCAAUGCUACAGGACAGAUGACAUCUGUGGAAACUCAGAAUUUCACUGAAAACAUCACAUCUGUUCAUUUAGAUUCAAUGAAUACAUCCUCAUUAGCCGAUAAUGAGACAAUGUUAUCCUGUCCAGAAUUUACCUGUACUGAUGACUGUCACGCCAAAUUCAUGAACAAAACCUCGAAUCCCUGCCCACCCACCGCAUCUUUCUGUGAGUUAAUCCAUCAGAACGGGAGUCACACCGUUCAGUGCAGUGUCAGGUGUGCCAUGCCCUGUGGGAAUCCUCCAGUCACUAAUUGCUCUAUGGGCUGUUGCAACACAACUGACUGUCUCAACUACGCUCUCUUUAACAUGUCAAAUUCAUCCAGUACAGCAGCUCCAACAAAAUCCACGGCUACACCCACAACCAUAAAGGUGACGGUUCCUCCCACCCCAGCAAAUAAUGGCAAGAAGUGUCAAAGCAUCAAGUGUGAUGGGCCCGCAUGUUACAAAACCACCAAUACCCUUGGACUUGUGUAUUGUCCUAUUGGUCAGGAUUACUGCAUGCUGAACAAGACGACGUCCGGGUCCACGGAGUCAUGGCAGGGUGGUUGCAGUACAGAUUGUCGAAAGGCAACAGCAUGCUCAACCACAGUUACCACCUGCUACUUGGAGUGCUGUAAUGCCACUGUUAGCGCCUCAUGUCUGAAACUGACCGGUGAUUUAAACAUGCCCAGUUCUGCCCCCAGAGGUCCUCAGUCUACUCUACUCCUCACUGCAUCUCUAGUCAUGCUCUGGAUGAUGAAGGUCCUUACUUGAGUGUAGUAUAGACACAGUUACAGUUCAGAGAAAGCUCAUUUUCACAUUAGAAGUGUGUAUGUUUGUGCGUGUGCAAGUGUGAGUGUGUGCGUGCGUAUAGAUGCCAAAUAAGCUUUUCACUAUGUGCAUCCUUAGAGAGUUAUAUCAAGUGGGAACAUGCUUGUUGUUGAAGUCCACAAAGGAAUAUAUUAACACUGCAUCAACAAAUAUGAAGUUUGCGUCCUAUCACACACAGAUGGUUACUGAGUUGUAUCUUUUUGGCAAUAAAUACAGUCAAUCAUCUUUAGUUAACUGAAACCUUUCUUUUCUCGCUCUUGUUUUCUUUACUGUACACAGGUUCUGCGCAAUUUAAACCAAAAUCUCACGUUUUUAAUCAUUGUGUGAAUAUCCUUGGAAUGCUCAGAUAAUCCUGAUUAAUUAUGAAAUCCCAAAUUCAGAUACUAUAUCACCAAUCAGGAAACUUCACCCUGUGUACACUCAUAUAAUAAUAAUGCCAAACAAAGUGAAGUAUGCACUUUAUGCAUCUAAAUAAACAAUAGUUAUAUUUAUAAGGACAUAUUUAUAAUAUUGGACAUAUGAAAGUCCGUAACCAUGCAUGAAAUCUGAAAGCUUUAUUUUUGCAGAGAAAUGUGUUUAUUUAAUUGUAUGUGUACAGAUGUAAGAGCAUAAUCUUUUUUUUUUUUUUUGGAUCCCACUACUUAUAUUAGGUGUCUUUAAAUGCUACUGUGUAAUAGAUUGUGCACAUACUGUAUGUGUUGUUUAGGGCAGUGGUAUACAACAUGAUGACCAUGUUUAAUAGACAUUUUAAAUAGACUUAAUUUUUGUAUUCAUUACAUAUUUUUUAUAUUAGCUUGGCCUCUUUUAUGUAUGUUAACAUUUUAAACAAUGAUAAAACAUAUCAACAAGUAAAAUUAACUCUUUCCCAGCCAUUGACGAGUUAUCUCGUCAACUAAGAUAAAACAUUUGCAUAAAAGACGUGUUCAAUACGGCGAUUACCACUUACCCAAUUUAUUAAAAAAACUGAAGCCAAAACGUUAUUUACUCAUUUUAAACUCUAACUAAAUUCUUUCACAAAAUACAAUUCUUUUAGCUUUUUGCAAAAAAAAAAAAAUAAAAAUACCCAAAUACCAAGAGUUCAUAAGCAGAGAAAAAAUCUUGAAAAUCUUGAUAGGAUAAAAAGUUUUUUUCCCUGUUUUGUUUGUUUGUUUGAAAGCAGAGGGUCUGUUCUUUCAUUUGAUAUAUUUGUAUGUUUAUAUGUUUUUAGAAGAAAAUUUUCCUGGAAGGCAUUUUUGUGAAACUUUUGUGAAAAUCACAAAAAAGCUGGCGGGCAACUUUUCAAAAAAUGGCUUGCGGGGAAUGAGUUAAAUAAAAUCAACAAAUAAAACAAAAAAGUUUUGAGUAGACUAUAUAAAAAAAUUCCUCCAGAUUGUUUUAUCCAUUGUGGUAGGCCUUGCUCACAAAAAGGUUGGAGACCCCUGUUUUAAAGGUUGGGGAUAUGUGAAAUGACUUAAAGCUAAAUUGAAAGACACCUAAUAUAAAGUGGCACCAAUGACUUGUGAUAAUAUUUUAUGUAGUAUAUUAAUGUCCAGUGAAACUAUUCUCACAGAAUAAUGCAAUAGCACAUUGCUCUGUUUCUGCUUUAAUUAUUAAAAUAAAGUCACACCAUGUGAUUGUAAGCAGCUUCACGCUCAUACAGUAAGAGCAACACAUCUGAAUAAUUGCAUUUGAAUGAUUAAAUAAAGCCUUUAUCUUU